AUAUAUGUUUGAAUUAAUGAAUGAAUCAUUGAAUUGACGUUUUAAUGCAAAUCAAUGUAAACAUUGUUUUUGAUUACUAUUAUCACUCAAUAGUAUUAUUGAGUCAUCGAUUAAUUAGUUGAUCCCAUACUUCAGCGCCAACUCUGAUCGGAUUAAUUGGUGUUUUGUUUUUAUCCGCCAAUUAAUUACAGUCAUGUCGUCCAGUGAUCUAUACGAAGAACAACGUCUGUAUCGGACGGCCAGAGAGCGCGAAAAGUAUGACAAUUUGGCCGAUUUGUAUGCCGUCAUCAACAGUCUUCAAUGUCUAGAAAAGGCUUACAUUAAGGAUAGUGUGACCGCUAAAGAAUAUACGGCCGCCUCAUCUAAACUGCUGGUCCAAUACAAAGCUGCCUUCAAACAGGUCCAGUCGUCAGACAUACCCGAUGUCGAGACAUUCAUGAAUCGAUAUCGUUUUGAUUGUCCCGCAGCUAUGGAGCGCAUCAAAGAGGACAGACCCAUCACCAUCAAGGAUGACAAAGGAAAUACCAGCAAAUGUAUUGCCGAUAUUGUGUCGCUGUUUAUCACGACUAUCGACAAACUUAGACUUGAAAUCAAAUCAAUGGAUGAGCUUCAGCCGGACUUAAGAGAAUUGUAUGACACUAUGAAUCGGUUGACAUUACUAUCGUCUAGUUUUGUAGGCAAAGAAAAAGUGAUGCAAUGGUUAACAACUAUGUCAUCGAUGGCGGCCAGCGAUGAACUGAGUGAGAAUCAAGUGAGACAAUUGAUCUUUGAUUUGGAGUCAUCUUAUAAUGCCUUCAAUAAUUUACUUCAUGAGUCAUAAUUCAGAUUAGUUUAAC